AUGUCCGCCUUCAUCACCGACCUCAUACAAUCCAUCUUUACGCCGGGGCCAACCCCAAGCCUAAUUGUUGCGACAAACGUCGCAUUCGCAAGUCUGCAAGUGGUGCUACUGUUCCUACUCUUCGCGACAUUCAGCAUCCACUUCGUCAUCCUCUCCUUCUUGAGCGCAGGGCUUUGGUGGUCAAUAAACUGGUUCGUCAGCGAGUUGAAGGCAGCGCAAGCACUGCAGGAUGAGAAGAACAGCAAGAAGAAGAGUUCCAAAGAUGUUGGGCAGGGUGCAGAGAGUGACACGGAUGCUGAGACGGUCAUCGAUACGGGCAAUACAAUGCCUGGUAGCAAGGAGACGGAGAUCAUGGAGCCGCGUGGGGAGCUCAAGGAUCGUGGGAACGUGACGCGCAGCCGGUCAGAGAUCAGCACGGAAGACGAGUGGGAAAGGGUGUCAGAAAUCGAGAAGGACAAGUGA